ACAGGCGGACACAUACUUCCAUACUCGCACUCUCAAGCUUGCGUGUGCACACACACACGCGCGCUCACGCGCACGCGCGCGCACGCACAAAGCUUUCUCGCUUUGAGCGCACUAACGUGGCCGCUUUCUUUGUGUGGAGCCCUCGAGUGGGGUUGGGACCCCGGUCCUGUCCCAGGGAGAUGGCGCAGCCCAUUCUGGGCCAUGGGAGCCUGCAGCCCUCCUCAACUGCUGGCUUGCCAUCUCUGGAGCUCGACUCAUCAAUGGACCAGUACGUGCAGAUUCGCAUCUUCAAAAUCAUCGUGAUUGGGGAUUCCAACGUGGGCAAGACCUGCUUGACCUUCCGUUUCUGUGGGGGUACUUUCCCAGAGAAGACUGAGGCCACCAUCGGUGUGGACUUCAGGGAGAAGACCGUGGAAAUCGAGGGAGAGAAGAUCAAGGUUCAGGUAUGGGACACAGCAGGACAAGAACGCUUCCGUAAAAGCAUGGUCGAGCAUUACUACCGCAAUGUGCAUGCCGUGGUCUUCGUCUACGAUGUCACCAAGAUGACCUCCUUCACCAACUUAAAAAUGUGGAUCCAAGAAUGCAAUGGGCAUGCUGUGUCACCACUCGUUCCAAAGGUGCUUGUGGGUAACAAGUGUGACUUGAGGGAACAAAUCCAGGUACCCUCAAACUUAGCCCUGAAAUUUGCUGAUGCCCACAACAUGCUCUUGUUUGAGACAUCAGCCAAGGACCCCAAAGAAAGCCAGAACGUGGAGUCAAUUUUCAUGUGCCUGGCUUGCCGACUGAAAGCCCAGAAAUCCCUGUUGUAUCGUGAUGCUGAGAGGCAGCAAGGCAAGGUGCAGAAACUGGAGUUCCCACAGGAGGCCAACAGUAAAGCUUCCUGUCCUUGUUGAAACCAAAUGAUGUAAAUAAUUAGCACUGGAGUUUUUUUUUUAUUUUUCCUUUCCUUUUUUUCUGUGCCUGCAUAAUGCUGACACCUGCUUGUUUCCAUACAAACUGAUAUCAAAAUAAAAUUUGUAUAGAUU